AUGAAGCUGAGUCUCGGUCUCACGGAUGCCCUCAAGGGCCCUUACCUUGCGCGGGACUUCGUAAGAGCAUCGCUCGAAAUACGAGGGCCUGCCUUUCAAAAAUCGCCGCGCAUCUCGGCGAAGCUCGCCGGCGCCAUGAUCGUGUCGUAUCCCACGCAGAUUAACGCCGCCAGCCCUGGCCAGAUUACGAAUGUGCUGUUUGAGCAGUCCAAGACGAUAGAGUACCGAGACUUGCAGUGCAAAGAGGAUCCCUCCACUGGCGAGUCGAUAUACACCACGCCCGUCGAGUUUCAGUUCCCUGCCGGAGACUGCCACUGCGACAAGGCCAAGAAAUGCCAGCUCCCGCCCACGAUGGAUGUUGUCGAGCAGGGCAUGAGAGUCAGAGUAAAGUACACCUUGUCGGUGACCGUCGGCCGCAGCGUGCUUGGGCCAAUGACAAAGUCCAAGAGCGUGGCGAUGGAGGUUCCCUUCAGCUGCAACCCGUCCGUCUCCAAGCUUCCGCGAUCGGCCUUUGUCUUGUCGGUGCCCAUGGUCGAGAAGCCCGGCCACAUUGCACAGCUGCACAGCUUGACGCAGGAUCAAGAGCGCGCGGAUGGCUCAUGUCCCUUGUAUAAUCCGAAGUCCGUACCGUCCAUCAAAAUCGAGGUUAUCCUCGCGCAACCGGCCGUUCUGAUCCGAGGCCAGCCGACGCCUGUUCGGAUCGUCAUCCAUACGCCCACGGACCUGAUUGAGGCGGGCGACGUCUACCUCCGCAACAUCUCGAUGGACCUCAAGUCGUCCGUCACGACGUCCACCGGCGCGUUGCCGCGAACACUCACGCAGAGGAAUCGCGGGCUCAGCAUGGCCGGGGCCGUCAAGAUUGACAGCGAGCUGUUUGAGCUCGAUACGGGGGCGUGGGGCAACUUUUUCGUUUUGAAUACCAAGCCGACGACGGAGUCUUGUGUGCUGAAGCUGAGCCAUGUGAUGGAGAUUGUGGCGGGGAUAUCUGUUGGGCUCGGGAGCGAUGUUAAGUAUGCUGGUGCGGCGUAUGAGGUUAUCGUGAUGGAACCACCACCGGCGUAUGAAUCAACCACAAAAAGCGACUGCAUUUCCAACGGCGAAUAG